AGCACAUUUACUAUAAAUAGAUAAAUAGCAGGUUACAGUAAAUAUAGUGUAAUAAGUCGUCGUCAAAGAUAGCACACGCUCCAUCUCAAAACAACGCGCACAGAUUUCUAGUGCCUGUGGGCUGAUCUCUGAAUGACGUCACAUCAUACGUGAUGGGGAUUGGCUGCUGCGAUGCACGUCGCCCCGCCCGCUGAGCUGCGUCACCACGCUCUGUUAUUUACCUUCUUCUUCUCCCGCAGCGGAGAGAAGCGGAGGUCAGGCGAGCGGUCGCUCUUAAUGAUGGCCCAGCGGUGGCUACUGAAUUCAAUAGGGGCAUUGGUUACUUGAUGUUUAUAUAUAUAUAUAUUUUAAACAGUGUCAGUGUGCCGCUGUCUGCACUCAAAAAGUAUAUUUUACUGGCUCUGGCCGCUCAGGGAGUCCGUCUCUAGUACGUAAACAAACAUGACCGCCACCGUCUCCAGACAGAGACACGCUGCAGUCGCUGCAGACUCCUCUGGAUCUUCCUUUUCCCUUACUGCAAGCCUCCUGCGACUCUCGAAACACAUCAAAUAUGAAAAUCUGGCAGCCGGACUCAGUGGGGGUGUUAUUUCCACAAUGGUGUUGCACCCCCUGGAUCUGAUCAAAAUCAGGUUCGCAGUAAGUGAUGGUCUGAAAAUGCGGCCCCAGUACGAUGGCAUGGUGCACUGCAUGAAGACCAUCUGGAAGCUGGAAGGGAUUAGAGGUCUCUAUCAGGGUGUGACCCCCAACAUCUGGGGGGCCGGGGCAUCAUGGGGCCUGUACUUCCUCUUUUAUAAUGCUAUUAAAGCGUACACGCAGGAGGGACGGCAAACAGAGCUGAGUGCUGGCGAACACCUGGUGUCUGCAGCGGAGGCAGGCAUGCUGACGCUUUGCCUCACCAACCCAGUCUGGGUGACAAAGACCCGGCUGGUGCUGCAGUACAAUGCAGACCCGUCACGGAAGCAGUACAAGGGAAUGAUGGACGCCCUCGUGAAAAUAUACCGUCACGAGGGUAUCCCGGGACUCUACAGGGGUUUUGUGCCUGGACUGGUGGGGACUUCCCAUGCUGCACUGCAGUUCAUGACCUAUGAGGGGCUAAAAAGAGAGCAGAACAAAUACAAGAAGAUGCCAUCUGAAUCGCUGCUGUCUCCAUUGGAAUACAUCACCAUGGCAGCCAUUUCCAAAAUAUUUGCUGUGGCAGUGACCUACCCGUACCAGGUGGUGCGCGCUCGCCUGCAGGACCAGCACAACAACUACAGCGGCAUCGUGGACGUCAUCCGGAGGACAUGGAGCAACGAGGGGAUCGAGGGCUUUUACAAAGGCAUGGUCCCAAACCUGGUUCGAGUCAUUCCAGCGUGCUGCAUCACAUUUUUGGUGUUCGAAAAUGUGUCACGCUUACUUUUGGGCGAGUAUCACUAAAGCUUCAGGUGCGCUUACACCGAAUGCAACCACGGACCAACUCAACACAAUAUACCAGGACUGUGUGUGUGUGUGUGUGUGUGUGUGUGUGUGUUAGAGACGAGCAGGAAUACCAAACAUUUCCUGUUUAACUCUGAACUCGACAUGAAUGCAGACAAAACUAGCAUUCAGCGUGUGCACUGAAUGAAAAGAAGAACCUACAGGUG